AGUCGCCACCCUUCCCUCCCUCCCUAGUCCCAGCGCCAGCGCCAGCGGCGUGGGCGGGCCCGUCUCCCUCGCCGGCUUCCUUUCUCGUCUCGUCUCUCUCCCGGCGCCCGCGCCCGCCGAAACACUCCCGAAAGGAAACCGAUCCGUCACCCAAAACCUUCGCCCCGCCGCGACCUCCCUCGAGCCGCGUUUAAAGCGCAGGCGCAGCAGCAAAAAGGAAAAGGAGGAAGCGAGCGAGCGAGGGAUCCGGGAGCGUGAAGCGCGAAAAAAGCAGGGGAACGAGCGAGGAAGCAACGCGGAAACGAGAAAGCGAGCGAGACAAGCGCCCGAUUCGGUCCCCCGCCCCGCUUCGUUUCCUCCGCCGCACGCCUUCUCCGGUUCAUCCCCACUACACCACCCUACCCCCUCCCACCCCCUCGCCUUCCCGCCACGGCGACUCGCUACGCCACCCGCUGCGUCGCCGGAGCGCUGUAGCUGUCACCGCGAGCGCCCGCCCCGAGAUCGGGGAGGGGUGCGGUGUCAUCUCUCCUGAGGAACCGGCGCGGCGAUGGCCGGGGGGCAGGCGCCCGAGGCGUCGCCCGGGCGGUACCAGCGCCGCCGCGACGAGAUCGACGACGACGACUGCGCCGACGUGCUCGGCAUCGACGUGCGUGGUCCCGACGCUGACCCGUUCGACAUCCCCGCCAAGCGCGCCCCCGUCGAGCGGCUGCGGCGCUGGAGGCAAGCUGCGCUUGUCCUCAAUGCUAAUCGACGAUUCAGAUACACACUUGACCUAAAAAAGGAGGAGGAGAAGGAACAAAUAAGGAGGAAGAUAAGGGCCCAUGCCCAAGUUAUACGGGCUGCUUUACUUUUCAAAGAGGCUGGGGAAAAGCAGAAUCCUGACACAGAAUUGCCAGAAAUUCUCCCACGUGGGUUUGGAAUUGGAGAGCAGCAGCUGACAGUGAUGACUAGGGAUCAUAAUUAUUCUGCUCUGCAAGAAUAUGGAGGGGUCAAAGGGCUCGCAAAUUUACUGAAAACCAACCUAGAGAAGGGAAUUCAUGGCGAUGAGGCAGAUUUGUCAUGCAGGGCAAAUGCUUUUGGGCCUAACAGAUAUCCUCGCAAGAAAGGAAGGAGCUUUUGGGUUUUUCUUUGGGAGGCCUGCCAAGACAUGACGCUAGUUAUCCUUAUCAUAGCUGCAGUAAUUUCUCUAGUACUGGGCAUUGCAACUGAGGGUAUCAAAGAAGGCUGGUAUGAUGGCACUAGUAUUGCAUUUGCAGUCUUUCUUGUGAUAGUCGUUACUGCUGUUAGUGACUACAAGCAGUCGCUGCAGUUCCAACACCUCAAUGAGGAGAAACAAAACAUACAAGUGGAGGUUAUUAGGGGUGGUAGAAGGAUUCAAGUAUCAAUAUUUGAUAUCGUAGUUGGUGAUAUUGUGGCUUUAAAAAUCGGUGAUCAGGUCCCAGCCGAUGGCGUUGUAAUCAGCGGUCGUUCUCUUGCCAUCGAUGAGUCCAGUAUGACUGGGGAAAGCAAAAUUGUUACGAAGGAUCAGAAGUCACCCUUUUUAAUGGCUGGAUGCAAAGUUGCUGAUGGUUAUGGUACCAUGUUGGUAACGGCAGUUGGCCUUAACACCGAAUGGGGUUUAUUAAUGGCCAGUAUUUCAGAAGACAACAAUGAAGAAACUCCUCUGCAGGUGCGGUUGAAUGGAGUAGCGACAUUCAUAGGUAUCUUAGGGCUUUCUGUUGCUGCUAUGGUCCUCGUAGUCCUCUUUGCAAGAUAUUUUACAGGACAUACAACAAAUUCAGAUGGCUCUGUUCAGUUUGUUAAGAGGCACACGAGUGUGAAAUCUGCAAUAUUUGGUUCAAUAAAGAUACUAACUGUUGCGGUAACUAUUGUUGUUGUCGCCGUACCUGAGGGCUUACCGCUGGCUGUCACACUAACUCUGGCUUAUUCCAUGCGAAAAAUGAUGGCCGACAAAGCACUGGUGCGGAGGCUUUCUGCCUGUGAAACAAUGGGUUCAGCUACAACUAUUUGUAGUGACAAGACUGGUACAUUAACAUUGAACCAGAUGACUGUUGUGCAAUCUAUUGUCGGUGAAGUAAAGCUGCAACCUCCUGCUAAUGUUGAUAAACUGUCACCUACUGUGGUCUCACUUCUACUUGAAGGAAUUGCACAGAAUACCUCAGGCAGUGUGUUUGAGGCACAGGAUGGCAGCAUCGAGGUAACUGGUUCACCAACAGAAAAGGCUAUCCUAUCUUGGGGUCUUGAUCUUCGUAUGAAAUUUGCGGAGGAGAGAUCACGAUCUUCUAUAAUUCAUGUCUCUCCCUUCAACUCCGAAAAAAAGCGUGCCGGGGUUGCAGUGGUUGCGAGAGAUUCGGAUGUUCAUGUACACUGGAAAGGAGCUGCUGAAAUUGUUCUUGCCUUAUGCACAAGUUGGCUCGAUGUGGAUGGCUCAGCACAUGUAAUGACACCUGAUAAGGCUGAUCAACUCAAGAAACUUAUAGAAGAUAUGGCUGAGCAAAGUCUUCGAUGCAUUGCUUUUGCUUAUCGAAAUCUUGAUCUGAAGGUUGUUCCAAGUGAGGAGCAAAUAAUCAACUGGCAAUUGCCAGAUAAUGAGUUGAUUCUUAUUGGAAUUAUAGGGAUGAAGGAUCCUUGUCGCCCUGAAGUAAGAGAUGCUGUCGAACUGUGCAAAAAAGCUGGUGUUAAGGUACGAAUGGUAACUGGAGAUAAUCUGAAGACAGCUAGAGCAAUAGCUCUUGAGUGUGGAAUACUCGAUGACUCAGAAGCAUCUGCACAAGCUAUAAUAGAAGGAAGAGUUUUCCGUGCUUACGAUGAUGCUGAAAGGGAGAAUGUUGCCGACAAGAUUUCUGUGAUGGCACGAUCUUCUCCUAACGACAAACUUCUCCUUGUAAAAGCUCUUAAGAAAAAAGGCCAUGUUGUAGCUGUUACUGGUGAUGGAACAAACGAUGCUCCUGCAUUGCACGAGGCAGAUAUUGGUCUUUCUAUGGGCAUCCAAGGAACAGAAGUAGCUAAAGAGAGCUCGGACAUAAUUAUUCUGGAUGACAAUUUUUCUUCUGUUGUGAAGGUGGUUCGCUGGGGUCGCUCUGUUUAUGCGAAUAUCCAAAAGUUUAUUCAGUUCCAGCUUACUGUAAAUGUUGCAGCUCUUGUCAUCAAUGUUGUUGCUGCUGUUUCCUCAGGAAAUGUUCCUCUAAAUGCUGUUCAGCUUCUCUGGGUUAAUCUCAUCAUGGACACACUUGGUGCUCUUGCUUUGGCUACUGAACCACCAACGGAUCAACUUAUGAGGCAGCCACCUGUUGGAAGGAGAGAACCUCUUGUGACUAAUAUCAUGUGGAGAAACUUGUUUAUUCAGGCUGUUUUUCAAGUUGCUGUUCUUCUGACUCUCAACUUUAGGGGUCGGGAUCUUUUGCAUUUAACUCAUGACACACUAGAUCACUCCAGUAAAGUGAAAAAUACACUUAUAUUCAACACAUUUGUCUUGUGUCAGGUGUUUAAUGAGGUCAAUUCUCGUAAACCAGAGGAACUGAACAUCUUUGCUGGAGUUUCAAGAAAUCAUCUUUUCUUGGGAGUAGUAAGCAUAACUGUUGUGAUGCAGGUGAUAAUUAUUGAGUUCCUCGGGAAAUUUACGUCGACAGUGAGACUCAACUGGAAGCUUUGGCUUGUUUCUGUAGUUAUUGCUUUUCUAAGUUGGCCCUUGGCUUUUGUUGGAAAGUUCAUUCCAGUUCCGAGGACUCAAUUGAAGGAUAUCAUCUUAAGAUGUUGGCCUAAAAGCGGCGAGAGUGCAGAACAACAGGAUCAGGAUGACAGAACAGCACAUCCGCCGGUGUGAAGCUGUGCUUGGGCAACUUUUCAAAAUUAUCAUAUGCUGAAAUAUUGUAGAGAGCUGGUGCACAUAGAUGGUGUUGGCUAAUUUUGGAUGCUGAUUUCUUCUAACCAUGCUUACCUUGUUCCCUGGCUAUGAAUUCUAUGGCUGUAGUAAGCAAUCUGGGAGGUACAUCCUCGCUGACUCGUGAAUCGUGAUCUAGAAUUUGAAGUCACUGUAAGCAAAAUAUGUUCAUUGUAGCCUAACGAAGUUUAGGGACCUCCAGUGGUUCAUUGCACAAGUUGUGCAGCCGGUCUCAGAAUCAUUUGGGGAUAUCGAUAUAAACAGUUUUUCUUGUCGUCAAGAGUGGAGUCUAGCUCUUUUAGAUGCAAUCUAGAACAUUUUGCCAAACACUCUGAUUUGUGUUGGCUGUAAAGUCUGAUAUCUGAUUGCUACUGGGAUGUGGUCGAACGAUUUGAUUUUCGUAAUAUUAAUUGGCUGAUUUUGUCAGAGU